GCUAGUGCCAGUCAUGGUCACUUGCAUAUGUUGUGCUUAGCAGCAGCCCAUAAGAGCAAAGGAGUGCUUGAGGCUGCUAACGCACUGAAACUGCACUUCAUUCACCGAUAAAGCUUGGAGUCCGACUUCUAUAACUUGCGACUUUCCCUCAAGCCAGUUCCUUCCACUUCCUUACCAGUUGCACUGAACUCACUCCUGAGACCAAAACCCAAACAUGCCUGCAAGAUGGGACGCCUUCUCUGCUCUCUCCGUGCCACCCCCAAUCUUGGAGGAAGAGUCUCCAUCCCAAUUUUGGGGCGAAGACUGCGCAAAUGUGGCGCAAAGGUGCUCCAGUUUGCCCAGUUCCGACUGUGAAUCUCUCACCAGUAGCAACUCUUACUCUGAAUGCGAUCUAGAUGCUUGGGAUGAAAUCUCUAUACCAGACUCUGAGCUUCUGAAUGAUCCCGAAGGAGAGCAGCUGUGCCCCAGUCUUUUAAAGCUCAUAAACCGGUGCCUGACCAAAGCCAGAAUCAAUUCCCUGAGGUGUUCAAGGCUUCUCAUUCCUGAUGAGCUUUUGUGUAAUCUGGGUCAAGAACUGCUACACUUGGCAUACAGUGAACCUUGUGGACUUAGGGGAGCACUUAUUGACUUGUGUGUGGAGAAUGGCAAGGACUGCCACAGUGUGGCCCAAAUAACUGUUGAUCAAGCGGUUGUACCAACGUUCCAACUUACUGUACUGCUGAGACUGGACUCCAGACUCUGGCCUAGAAUACAGGGCCUCUUUAGCACCAAGCCAGUUCCUGGUUCUGGACAAUCUCUGAAACUUAGCCCUGGAUUCAAGGUUCUGAAAAAGAAACUGUACAGUUCUGAAGAACUCAUCAUAGAAGAAUGCUGAUGUUUCAUUGUCCGAAGUUGGGGGGGGGCUGCGUCACCUGGUACUGCAAUCAUGAAGGCUUCAAAAGUAUUUUAAAAGUUUACAAAAUAUUUUAUGUUAAAAUGUUUGGUUUUUUUUUUUUUACAAGAAAAAAAAAAAAAUGCUUUUAGUUGGUGUUAGGACACUGCCUGUAUCUGGUUAACCCCUUCACUACCAGCUAAAGUGACGCCUUGAUAAAUGCUCAUUGCCGCAGUAGUGAAUCGGAAUUCUGAUCAAUUUGGGAGCUUUUAAGGGAAUACAUUUCACUCUGCUUUUUGAAGGUUAUUUUUUUUGUAGUGAAUUUAUGCACGUAAAUCAUUAACGGUAUAAAGUGCACUGGUGGCUUUUUUUUUUUCCCCGUACUGUAUCGGCAGCUGGUCUGCACUAAAGGGUGAAUAGGCCCGACCUCUCAGAGAGGAAGUUUUUUGCAAAACCAAAAAAGUAUAAUUUCCCUCUGGGAACCAAGUGUUGUGUUGUUCACAUCGCCUGACUACUGAUGCUAUGGCAGCUAUGUUAUGUGGUGUUAUUAUCUUUAUAUUUCUUAUAAAUAGAUUCAGGCAGCAGAAUGUUCUAAAGCACUACUCUUUUAUUUAAAAAAAAGUGUCCUAUGUACUAGAAUAUGCUGCUUUAUUAUGGUUUACAUUGAUACACUUGAUGUUCAAGUACAACUACACAAUGUGCCUUUUUUACUUUUCUAUUAAAAAUAAC